ACAAAGCACACAUCCAGAGGAUUAACAGUGACAGAGCUGCCGGUUGCACGAAGGACAUUUGUCAGUCCCUUGCAGCCUAAAGAUUUCUGGGCUCUGAGUCUUCACGAGGUUAGGAACUUUGAUCAAGACCCAUAAAGAAAACCCAGAACCCAAAAGUGGCCCCCUCAGCAAAAGGGUGAACUGGACAAAAUCCCCACCUCAGAGAAAGAGGAAUCCGGCCCCACACUGCUGGUUCAGGUUUGCAGGGAAGGGUCUGGGGCGUUGGCACAGGGGAGGGUCUUCGAGAAUCUCAUCCACAAACAAGGGUGAACCAAUCCACACUACCUAUGUGGUUUGGAGAAAAGCAAGCUGAGAAUUCCAAGCAACUCCAGCUGGUAGUGGCCAUGAGUGCCAGACAGGCCAGCACCAGUUCUCCAUGGAUGAGCACAUCUUAACACCAGGCCUCAAUUAUUCCUUCUCCCAGAGAGAGCGCUAGGAGUCACGUGUUCACAAGUGAACAUAGAAAGCAGCCACUGUGAUGAGAAUCAGAAACGAGUCAGACUUAGUGGAAUUAGCAGAUGCACAAUAUGUAUGUAGAAUAUGUUUGAAGAACUAAAACAAAAUAACUAAAACGGGGCCAAGCAUCAAGAGACGUCAAAAGUAACCAAGUGGGUUUGAACAACAAAAACUAUAAAACAUUCAACACGUCCGUAGCUUUCGUACCUCAUGUUUUUGCCCUUUUUCUGGAGCCUUUGCCUUUGCCUUGCUACUCCCUUAGUGGGUGUUUUCAUCUAUGAAGCCUCUUUCCCAGUCAUUUUCUGGCCAAUUUACUCUUCUCUUCCUGGCUGCUCACCUGCAAUGACUACUGACCUGUGGUGUCAUUUUCUGCCCGGAGUUUUCUUGAUCUCCCUGUCUGCAUUCAGCCUUUUCCUCCGGCUUUACACGCCCUCUCCACCUGCAGUGUUUCCUUUGCAUCCUUUUCUUCAAGUCUUGCUUUCAUUCUUUUUCCCUCUCAACCUUGGGAUCAAAAUUCAGGCUCUUAAGCUGAGCUCUCACUAAUAAUUACAGUAGCUGUAGGAUGCCAGCCCUCCCUGUAUUAUGCCUAUACUAGGGUAUUUAGACGAAUUUCUUGGCAAUUUAUGAAACCCUACUUUGACCAAAGGAGCUGUUUUGAGCUACGUUCAUGAGGUUAAAAUCUGCCAGAUAAUAAGGUGAUUUAAAGCAGCAGAGUCUGAAAUGUCCUGCCAGGCCUUUAAGGCUUUGGACAUUCUGAGUGGUGUUUGGCUGGACUUUAAGAAAAAAGUCAGGUAUUGAACUACCACUCAUGGAGCUGAAUGGCUGAAAGUCCACACGAAAACAGUAUAAAAGCAUAUAUAAAGAGCAGUACGCAAAAGCCAUCUGCCUUCUUGCACAUUUAUUUAUUUAUUUUUAAUUUAUUUAUUUGGCAGUGCCGGGUCUUAGUUGAGGCAAGCGGGAUCUUUAGUUGCGGCACAUGAGAUCCAGUUCCCUGACCAGGUAUCAAACCCGGGCCCCCUGCAUUGGGAGCAUGGCGUCUUAGCCACUGGACCACCAGGGAAGUCCCUGCCUUCUUGCACAUUUAUUGGGAGCUGUGGAGGUGAUCUGACUCCCUAGGUUCUGAAAAGAAAAUCAAUUCAAAAUACCGUUCUCGGGAAUUCCCUGGCGGUCCAGUAGUUAAGACAGAACUCUGCGUUUUCACUGCCGAGGGCCUAGGUUCAAUCCCUGGUUGGGGAACUAAGAUCCCGCAUGACACGCAGCCAAAAAAAAAAAAAAAAAUACUGUUCUCAGUGGUACAUUAGUUAAGAGAGGAGGGGUGGGAAUUACCUCAUUAGAAGCUCUCUCACUUGGUUCUUUUGAAUUCUAACCGUUUCAAACUUCCGCCUGCAGUAUAUUGCGAAAACCACCCAAUUUUCUAGAAUGAUCAACUCUCGCAAUAUUUGUGCACGUAAGAGACUCAUUUGCCUUAAGAUGUAAAUAUGAACGGAUUGCAGCAAAAUGUGUACAGCCUUUCAUUCAGAAAAAUCUUAGCAGGGUCAAAUAGGAGUCUGAGAACUCAAGCCCCUUGUUCACAAAAUACUACACUAAAUAUCUAUGUAGGGGUGAGUAUUUAAUUUCUGGGCCAAAUCCUAUUACAUUUGUGUCUUGGAUUUUGGUUCUGAUUGUUUUUCCUUAAAAAGGCAUGCAGGAACUUCCCUGGUGGUGCAGUGGUCAAGAAUCCGCCUGCCAACGCAGGGGACACGGGUUUGAUCCCUGGUCUGGGAAGAUCCCACAUGCCGCAGAGCAACUAAGCCCGUGCGCCACAACUACUGAGCCUGUGCCACAAUUACUGAAGCCCACGUGCCUAGAGCCCGUGCUGCAAAACAGAGCCACCGCAAUGAGAAGCCCGCGCACCGCACUAGAGAAAGCCCAUGCACAGCAACGAAGACCCAACACAGCCAAAAAUAAAUAAAUAAAUGAAAUAAAUUUUUUAAUAAGACAUGCAAAUUACAGCAUUCUAAUCUGUAUAGAGACCUUUGAGGUCAGCCCUUCAGUAUAGGGAAGAAUUACUGUCUGGAGUUUGAGAAGGUGAUAGGAACGGUCCAAAUUUGAAUUGGUGUGAAAUCUGUCUGCUGUCUUUUUUUUUUUUUUUUGUGGUACGCAGGCCUCUCGCUGCUGUGGCUUCUCCCAUUGCGGAGCACAGGCCCCAGACGCGCAGGCCCAGCGGCCAUGGCUCACGGGCCCAGCCGAUCCGCGGCAUGUGGGAUCUUCCCGGACCGGGGCACGAACCCGUGUCCCCUGCAUCGGCAGGCAGACUCUCAACCACUGCGCCACCAGGGAAGCCCUGUUGUCUUUUUUUGUUCAUCACUGUGUGACCUUGAAAAGUUUGCCUGCUGGGAGAAUCAUUCUGACAAUUUCCUGUACUGUCAGCUCCAUAGAAUUCAGUUUCUGAGAACCAGCCAGAGGCAUGCAGUGACAUUGCGUAACCACCUCUGAAGUCAGAGAUAUCAGCCGUGGAGCUCAAAGGAGCCGUUUCACACCAGCAACAUGAAAGGAGCUAGCAUCACGGACGGGGCGCCCAAGAUGCUCUUGGCCAGGGCACUUUAUGACAACCACCCCGACUGUGCCGAUGAGCUGGCUUUCUGCAGAGGAGACAUCCUGACCAUUCUGGAACAAAAUGUGCCAGGAAGCAAGGGCUGGUGGAAGUGUUUGCUUCACGGGAGGCAAGGCCUGGCCCCUGCCAACCGCCUUGAAAUCCUCGUGGAGGCCCCUACCGACAGGCCCUGUCCCCCUUUCCUGAGAGGCCCGGAAGAUGCUUCCACCAGCUCCCAGGAGACCUAUGAAGUGCCCACCCUGCUCAACCCCUCAUCUCCAGGCCCUGUGUAUGAGCAGAUGAGGAGUUGGGUGGAGCGGCCUCUGCCUCCCACCGUCCAAGUCUAUGAAGUCCCUGACCCGCCUUCCAGCGCCAGAAUCGUCUGUGAAAAGACUCUAAGAUUUCCAAAGCAGGCCCUCUUCACAAUUCCCAGGCCUGCUCGGACCUCGUUGCCAGCUCUGCCUUGCCAGGUGUACGAUGUGCCUGCCCAGAGCCGGUGCCUCCCAGCCCUAAAGGAGCCAGGGAAGCAGCAGCAGCUAUAUGACAUCCUCCCCAGCCCCCAAAAAGCAGCACUUGGUCCCCCUGCCAGCCAAUCAAACGGGCAGAGUGUUCCCCUGAUGUCAAGCAUUGCCUUAAGGAGAGGCAGCUGCAACACGUUGCCAAGCCCUCAGAAAUCCGAAUGGAUUUAUGACACGCCAGUGUCUCCGGAAAAGGCUGAUGUAAGAAACGCAUCUCUAAGAGGCUUUGUGGAAAAAUCGGGGCACCGUGCUCUCCCCAGGUACAUGUCCAGUUUUCACAGCCCUCAGAACAGCAGAGCAAGGACCCUCAGUCCACACCCGCAGAAAAACGUGCCCAUGCAGAAAAAACUCAGCCUUCCAGAGAUUCCUUCUCAUAGCUUUCCACCACCCAGGGAUGCAUUCCCUUUGGAUGAAGGUGUCAGCUACAAGGUCCCUGCAAGCUUUCUGAUCUCCCGAGUGGAACAGAAGAACACCAGGCUGAACAUUUACGACGUCCCUAAAGCAGUGCUAAGUGUCCCUCAGGCUGGGAAAGAGCUGGGAAAAGCCGAUGGGCCUUCGGAGAAUUCCAUGGACCAUAAUUCCUCAUGGUUCUCCGGACGGGCAGCAUCGCCGUCUCCUGAGCCAGACGGCUUGUCCGUUUCCAGUUCUGACAGCAGAGCCAGCGUCCUUUCCUCAUGCUCCUCCACGUCUAGCCACUCUUCUAGCUCCUUCUCGGAGGAGUCAGCCAAAGAGCUCCCCUUGGACCUGGACUUGGCCAAAGAGACAGUCACAGCUCUGCAGCACAAGGUGGACAGCUCUGUCGCGGGCCUCUUGCUCUUCGUCAGUAGGCAGUGGAGGUUCCGAGACUACCUGGAGGCCAAUAUCCACGCGAUCCGCAGGGCUGCCGACCGCAUAGAGGAAUCCUUGAGAGAAUUUCUGGAUUUCGCCUGCGGCAUCCGUGGGACCGCCUGUAACCUCACCGACAGUAAACUUCAGGCCAAAAUUAGGGAUCAGCUACAGACAAUCUCCAACUCCUACCAAAUCCUGCUUGAAACAAAGGAAAGUCUGGAGAGCUGCGAUUGGUCCCUGGAAGUCCUUGUGACCAACAAAGUCCAAAACAGCCUGGAUGACCUGGAGAGAUUUGUCCUGACGGCGCGGCUGGUGCCAGAAGACAUCAAGAGGUUCGCCUCCCUCGUCAUUGCCAACGGGAGACUCCUUUUCAAGCCGAACUGUGAAAAGGAAGACCCCAUGCAAUUGACCCCAAAUGCAGAAUUUAAGCUUGCAAAAUCCAUCUGGCUUCCCCAAAAGGAGAUUGAAUCAUACCAAAGGAAUGCUUCUUUUCAGAAACAAAGGGAAAGCAAACACCCUCCUGAACUAUUAAAGAAAAAUAGGACAGAUGUUUGUGAACAGGAGUUGCCUAGCCUAGAAGAGAAAGAAACGCCCAUCUUGGAACAAAGGUUGGAUGAAAACAAAGACUUAGAAACCCAGAAUCCUAGCUCCCUUUGCCCCCGACCUUUGAGUCAGCAGAAUCCUGAGAAGAAAAUCCGCCUUUCUGAACACUGCCGCCUCUAUUUCGGGGCGCUCUUCAAAGCCAUCGGCGUGUUGCACAGCAGUCUCGGCAACGGCCAGCCCCCCGAGAUCUUCAUCGCGCAGAGCAAGCUAGUCAUCAUGGUCGGGCAGAAGCUGGUGGACACGCUGUGCCAGGAGACCCAGGAGAGGGACGUGCGCAACGAGAUCUUGCGCGGCAGCAGCCGCCUCUGCAGCCUGCUCAAGGACCUGGCGCUGGCCACCAAGAACGCCGUACUCCAGCAUCCCAGCCCCGCCGCCCUGCAGCACCUCCAGGCUGAGGCCAAGAAGCUGGAGCGGCACACGCAGCAAUUCAGGGGGAUGUUGGAAUGAGCCUCCUUCCUCCUUCCUUCUCCGUGUUAACUUCUUCGCUUCAGCUUCACACCCACAACCUGUGCAAGUCUGUGCUCUGGGAAAAGCCAGCCUGGGGAUACACCAAGGGGUGGCAACAGCCGUGGUGCCCAAACCCAGUAUUACCAAGUGGCUGAGCAACCCCAGGACAUUGGCUUAUCCCACAGAGAGUCAGGGAAGAGAAUCAGGUGUGAACUAAGGACCAAAGUUUUUAGCCUAUCAUGUAGGGCCAGUGUGUGAAAUGAAGUUAUAGAAAUCAAUUUUUAUAUUGGCUAAAUGUGUGCCUGUUUUAAACUCAUUCAUUCAGUACUUACUUAUUGGGUACCUAUUAUAUGUCAGAUUCUAGGUUCUGGGCAUAUAGCACUGAAUCAGACUGAGGCUUUGCCCUCAAGGAGCUUACAAUCUAAUGGGGAGACAGACAAAUGAUGAAGAAAUACAUACACAAUGUAUUAGGUGCUAGGGAGAAAAUAAGUAGGAGAAGCGGGGAGAGAUUAUUUUCAAACAAUUUCUGUUGCAUCUGAUAGAAAAUAUAAUAAGUUUUUCAUUUUGGAUUAAACUAAUUCUGUGAGAUUGGUACAAAUUAUGUAUCUGCAUCUUACACCAAAAAAAAUACAUAUAUAUAUAUAUAUAUUGCUAUUUUAUCUGAACCUAGUAAAACAGGCAUGUUAUAAGUAGCAGUAAAUUUGCAACAUAACAUGUUCUGUUGGGUUCCCUAUUAAUUUAUUUUGUACAUUAUAGGUUCUGUGUUGAUAAAUUCAGUAUGUUGGAUCAUAAAAGGUUUACACCUCAGUGGUCUCAAAUGUGUUACCAUUUAUAAUAUUAUGUAAAUACAGUCAUGAAUUGCAA